AUGAACGAAACUGAUGGCAAUUGGAUGGUCCUUAAUGCAUCUCCCAAAUGCGAAUAUCGAGCGUCCGGACAAUCAGAGUUUACUCUUUGGCUUGAUGGACCAAUAACAAUUUCCGCUGCAAUUUUCUCUGCUAUCGGCACAGUCUACGCUAUUGGAUUUCUGCGAAAUGGACAUCUCAACAGAAGAAUGUCUGCAGCUCUCUACACGUUAUGUCUCAUGGAUUUUAUGCUUAUGAUGACUACAGUACUCUUUCUAAGCAUUGAACCUCUCAGUAUUCUUCUCUGGGGAUCCAAUGUGUUCUAUAAGCACCAAGGAAUGAUUCUAGUACUUUAUGGAAUCCGAAACAGUUUUGCAAUGGCUUCGCCGAUGCUUGUUUGCUACAUCACAUACAUCCGAUAUCGAGUUGUCAAUAAUCCACUUAAAUUUGCAUCGAAUUAUAGUCGAUCGAGAAAAUCAAUAUCUGCCGGAAAAAUGAGCACAGUUCAGCAGCCAUCAACAGAAUCUGCAAAGUUUACGAUAUCAUUCCCUGCAGAGAUGUUUUAUGAUUUCCAUUCGAGAAGUAGUGCUGGAAAAAUGAGAGCAAACUUUCGAAGAUUCUUCAAACCAUUUCUAGUUCCAAUUCUUCUGGUGAUCAUCUGCUUCGUGACACACGCAACUUCCUAUUUCGAAUUCUUUCUAAUCUCUUGUUUCGACGAAUACUAUCGAACCGAAACCAAAAUGCUCCAAGCUGCUCCGUUAAGACUCACAGACUGGUACGUCCAGCUAAAACUCGCUCUAACUAUGACAACUGAGACAUUGGGUCCAAUGAUUUUCAUCUCAACUUUAUCAGUAUUCACAGAGUAUAAAAUGCAUAUAAAUGUAAAGGAGAGAAGACGGCUGUUCGAGAGUCAAAAGAGGAGUAGAGACACUUUGGUUACCGAAGAAUUGAAGGACAAAGCUUCCAAAGCAUUGGCUGUGUUCAUUGUGGUCAAAUUUUUGAUUUUGAGAACCCUUCCCACUCUGAUCGAUCUCUAUGAGGUCUUUAUGGAAACUGACAGACAUUUUGGUUCAUUUAUGACAAUCGUGAUUCGUAUAUCUGACUUUUUGGUGAUCCUAAACUCUGCCACCAACACCUUGGCAUAUUUUGGAAAAGUUCGAUUCGAAAAGUGUUUCAGAUGGCUGGAACGUCGGAUUCGAUGUCGAAUUGUCAAGAAAGAGGCCAAGGAGAUUCUGAAUACUUCACUCACUGGAUAG